AUGGAGGUCCCGUCAGGCUAUCCUUCAAGCUCGUCAGUCCGGAUUUCUGCGACCAAACAAAGCACCAUCGCCAAGUUCAUUGACCGCUUCUGGGAUGGAAAGUUGGCGGCGGAAGACAUGGGCGCCCGGCUGCCGGAGGGCCUUUGGGAAUGCAUCUGCGCGUUUGAGGACAAGGAGGAAAUGCAAAGAGCCGCAAAGCGCUUCACGAACAAGGUUCGGCAAGGCUUCCGCGAGGAGAAGCGGCAGGGACGACAGAUGCAGAAGAAGUCCAGAGAACAGGUGCUGCUCCAAAAGUAUGCCCUCUUGGCGCUGCCGGUUUUGGAGGUGGAGCCCUUGGAGGUCGACUGGCUCCGCGCCCCACGAGCGGUGGUGCCAGAGCUCAACUGCCUGCCGGCACGGCGCUACUUCGCCCUUCGCCAGGCACCGCUGCUGGGCCGGGAGCUCCGGAAGCUCCGUGAGAAGCGCCGCCAGAUCGAGUACUUGUCGAAGGCCGUGCUGGAGCGCCUUGGCGAGGCACAGAGGCGGAACCUGCCUGUUCGCCGCAUCGUGGACUUCGGCGGCGGGCGCGGUGACUUUGCCUUGGCCUUGGCUUGGCUGCUGGGCACCAGCUCCAUCAGCUCCAUCCCCGUUCCAGAAAUCGUCGUUUUGGAGCUGGAGGGCGCCUACUGUGAGCAGGGCCGCAAGCGCAGUGCAGCGUUGGCUUCAUGCUGCCAGCAAGCAGCACGUGUGACGUUUGUAUGUCAAGACCUCCGCAGCUAUCUGGAACCGUUUGAACUGGCUGUAGGACUUCACGCUUGCGGGCCUCUUGUGGAUGCCGUGCUUCAGCACUGCUACACCUCGGGGGCAGAGUUUGUUCUCUUGACCUGCUGCUUUGGGAAGAUUCCGAAGCGCUGUGAUGAUUUUGAGUUGAGCUACCCGCGAGCAAGCGGUGCCUUGAUUCGUGGACGAGAUGACUUCUUUGAACUUUGCAAACUAGCCGAUGCCCCAAUCGAGAAGGAGUCGGCUCAGGCAAUGCGCUUGCUGAACUCUGACAGGUGCUGCUGGGUGCGGCAGCGCGGCGGCUGGGCACACUUGCGCUGCAUUCCGCGGAGCGUCACCAACAAGAACGUCCUGAUUGUCGGGGCUGCCGACGCUCUGAAGGCCGGUAUGCUCGACGUCACCCACUGUGCUGCGCAGGUGGGGACCGCACUGACCGCAGGGACCGCAAAUACCGCAGGGACCUGGGAGGGUCUCCUCGGCUUGGCACCCCUGACGGAGACCUCUGAUCCGCUGCCAGGGAGCCUGCGUGUCGUCAUGGUGGCCGACACCCACUGCCGGCACCGGCAGCUGUCGAUGCCUCCCGGAGACCUUCUCCUGGUUUGCGGAGAUUUCACCAAGAGCGGGUUGCGUGAGGAGGUCGAAGACUUUGCUUUGUGGCUCGACUCAUUGCCAUACAGCGCCAAGAUUGUAGUGGCAGGAAAUCACGAAAUCACUUUCGAUGACGGCUACUACAAGACCAAGGGUCACACAUACCACAAGGACUCGUUGGAGCCCAUCAACCCCACCCAGAUCAAGGAAAUCAUAGCCGGGCGUUCAGGAUUACACUACUUGGAAGAUGAGGUCAUAGAGCUGCAGAUCGGUGGCAAGGAGUUUGCUCCAAUUCGAAUCUUCGGCAGUCCGAGUCAAGGCCCAUUCUUCUCAGAUCACUCAAUGGCGGCGUUUGGGCGCAGCUUUGAGCAGGAGGCUGAAGCCGAGGCGGCGGUAGAUGCUGGCGCUGGAUGGCCGACAUCAGGAAGUCGCUGCAAGGGCACAAUGGCGGGGAUCGACAUUCUGGUGACGCAUGGGCCAGCUUAUGGCAUCUGUGACCUGAGCAGUGAGCACGAGCAAGAUGGCCGGGCGGCCUUUGCUGGCAGCAAAGCGCUUCUGAAGGCAGUUCUGCAGCAGAAGCCAGUUCUGCAUGCCUUCGGCCAUAUUCAUGAGGGCUAUGGCGUGCGUGCCAAUGCCUCCACCUACUUCGUCAAUUCUGCAAUCUGCAGCGAGCGCUACAUCCCGCAGCGGCUGCCCAUCGUCUGUGACCUGCGUCGUGCUGGGCCACACGAGGCCCGUGGUCUACUUUUCGGCGAUGCCAGAUUCUUCUACGCACGACCAAUGAGCAGCUCAAGCUACGGUGAGUCCGGCCGCCCUCACCGUGGGCAAGACGAAGACGGUGGGGCAGCUGGAGUAUCUCCGCUCUAUGUACGGUUGAUGCACGAGCUGCAUGAUGGACGACCAGAGUUGCAUACGGCCACACGUACCUCCGGAUAUCGAAACAAAGCAUCGUUCUCCUUGGGAAAGCAGUUCGUGGGCGAGCAGGAGAGCUGUGCUGAAGAGCUCAAUGUCGCGGCACUCAAGCUGCAGGAGCUUGCGGAGAAGAGCCCAGACGACCUCUCCUUCUACGUGGAGGCGGCCUUAAAGCUAACGCGCAGGGGCCACCUUGGCAUCAAGCUUGUCCUCCGCGGCGAGGCGGCUGUGGAUGCCUGGCUCAGGGAUGGGCGUGGUGCCAGCUUUGCUGCAGAUCUGCGGCUCCAUGUGCCGGCACUCCAGUCACUGACCUACCAGGUUGCACCGGCGUGUUCGGAUGAGAAGCCGCCAAAGAGCCCUUGGCAUCCCCGAUAUCCUAUGUUUCAGGCGCUCUGCGGGGAUCCCUUUGUAGUUGAGGAUGCGCCGCUGGGCCUCCCUGGUGGUUUUAUCCCGUAUCGACUGUCCCCAGACUCCUUCUCAGAGGUGAACUCUGCAGCAGAAGAGGCCAUGAUCGGAGUCCUCUGCGGCUGGGUGGACGAGCUCGUCCAAUCUGGGCAGGUGAAGACUUUGUGUAUGUUUGGGCGGAACAGCGGCUUCAUUGGUUUGGCGCUGCAGCACCGCUUCGGUUUCCAGCGCGUCUACGCACACACGCAUUGCCCAGUCACUCUGGCUGAUGCAGAAGCAAGCGUGGCGAUGAACUCAGCUCCUGGGUGGAUUCUCGGGCGCUGCGAGAAAUACGACUUCGGCGGCGUCCUCGCCAAAAUCCCAGAAGGAGAAGGCCCACUUCUUGUCCACGUGACAAACAGCCGGCACGGCCUGGCCGAGGGUGUCAUCCCAGCCUUGAAAAGGCGGCGUGACGUCUACGCAGUGGCUUACAACUCCUGCAGUCAUCUGCCGCUCCCAGCCGAAUGGACGGAACUUUGCUCUGGACCUGGAGCAUUCGAGAUCCAUAAGUUUCGAUCCUUCGACCUCCUAGCCGGCACAGAAUUCUUGUCGGCGUACUUCCUCUUGGUCCGGCGCCCCCCGACCAUGAUCUUGCCCAUCGGCCCGCCAGGAGUGGGAAAGUCCUGGAUAGCGAGGCAGCUAGCCGCAAGUGCCGCAUGCACAGUCUUCGAGCGCGACCUGGCCUUUUUCGAGGCACGUCAUGGCACGUCAAAGGAGCGCCUCCGCCGCUCUGAUGUCGGCUUUGCAGAGGCAAAGAGGAGGACCCACCAGCGACUCUUGGACUCGUUGCAAUCUGCUCGCGGCAAGCAGGCGGACGGACUAAUGUCGCGUUUAGCGCAGGUGGACAUAGCCAUUCUGCAGUUCAAGUUCGGUGUUGGUCUCGGGCCGAGCAAGGAGCAGCUGGCGACCUCAAUCCUCAUCGACUCGACAAACGGCGCGCAGUCUGCACGUCACUGGGCCGAACAUGAUUGA